GCCCCUCAGCCGUGCCCCGCGGGAGGGGAAACCGAGGCCGCAGCUGUCCAGUCCCAAGCCAGCCCGACUUCCCCAUGACCUCUGGCGGGUCGUUCUGUACUACAGGGCUUCAGGGAGGACGGGGCCACAGCGCUAGGGGACCCAUAGUUCAACAGUUGCAGGCUGUCACCUUGGCUUCCAGCAAUCUCCUUACUCUCUAGCCCUAAAAAAUCUGCCUGGAUUCUCUCUCCUUCUUUCCCUCCCUCCCUCUCCAAACCCCCACCUCUGCUACAGCCCCUCUCUACCCACUUCCCUUUAGAACUGGAGAUUGAACCCAGAGCCUCCUCAAGGUUAGACAAACUCUCUGUGACCUACAUUUCCAAGCCUCUUACUUUACUUUCUUUGUCAUUGGCGCUCACUAACUUUACUGGCUGCCCUUGGACUAACUCACUCGGUAGCCUAGGCAGGCCUUGAAAUUUUGAUCCUCCUGCUUCAGCCUCCCAAGAAGCUGAGAUCACAAGCCUGUAACACCAGGCUGGGCUUGGGUUUUAAAUUCUUGGUGUAUUUGGCCUCAGAUAAUUUUGUUACAUGGAAAAAAAAUAGACUAAGCAUUAUGCCUCCGUACCCCUACGCAGACAUGGCUAUUUCUUUCUCUCCACGAAUUUGACAGUGUCUUCACCCUCCUCCUGUGCUCCAAACCAUGGAAGCAUAUAUUUCAGUGAUACCGUUGCUAGAGAGUAUGACUUUCUGGGUGUCACAUGAGGAGUCAGAGUCAACUUCCCUCUUGACCUGUAUAAGGCCCUUGGGCAACCCCCUCCCCAUGGCUAGAUAGCUAUCCAGGCUUUUUGGUAGAGAGAAUGUAAUUUGGAGACUUAAACUACUCUAUGAAAGGAACAAGGGAAUUCGCCCAGCAUUUACCUUAGAGAAUGAGAGCCAUCUUUCAGUUGGCUGCCCAGAGGCCACGGCUAGAGGAGUGGAUGGUGAGAAGGUGAUAUAUACCAGGAGAAAGCCGUCAGCAUCUGGGAGUCAAAGGACUUCUUCUUUGAACUCGAGCCUCUGCCAGGAGCCGUGGAAGCUGUGAAGCAGAUGGCCAACCUGCAGAACACUGAUGUCUUCAUCUGCACAAGCCCCAUCAAGAUGAUCAAGUACUGUCCCUAUGAGAAGUAUGCCUGGGUGGAGAAGCACUUCGGCCCUGACUUUCUGGAACAGAUUGUGUUGACCAGAGACAAGACCGUGGUCUCUGCCGACCUUCUCAUAGAUGACCGGCCGGACAUCACAGGGGCCGAGCCACACCCCAGCUGGGAGCACAUCCUCUUUACCUCCUGCCACAAUCAUCACCUGCAGCUGAAGCCCCCUCGCCGGAGGCUGCACUCGUGGGCAGAUGACUGGAAGGCCAUCUUGGACAGCAAGCGGCCCCGCUGAGGGCUGUGCUGCGGCUCUCUCGUGGUCCAGUGUGGGGCUCGCAGCUCAUGACUGGACAGCAAGCAACCUGCUGAGGGCUGUGCUGCAGCUCCCUGGCAUUUCCUGGAGGACCCAAUGGAUCCUUGAUCAAGACAACCUCUCGACACACUCCCCUUCCUCUCCUGGCCCAGUCCUUUACCUGAUCUUGGGGCAGGGCUGGGAGAAAGGCAUUUGCUCUCGGGAAACUUGACCUAGCCUCAGGCAGGGGCCAUGCCACUGCCUCCCACUGCUUACAAUAGGGUGUUCUCUAAGGAACGGAGGGGCCCUGGUUUAGGAUCUGUGGCCUUUGUAAGGUAAAGAGUGCCAGGGGCAGAUGACAGAGGGUCCCUUGGCAGGCAUGUGCCCUUCCACCUCUAACAUGGCGCCCUGUCCAACUUACCCACUUAGUCUGUUCUCUCCUCCUGGUGUUCAGUGGCCACCAGGCUCUCUUGGAGGCCAACAGUGACCCUGCCUAUGGCUAGUGCUGUGGUCUCUUUCUCUGGUGUCCCUAGAUCCUAUUCACGGCCCAGCGAGGAGCCAGCAGGCUUGAUCAUUUGUUGACCAUGUGAGAAACAAAUGCUAUUCACAUGUAGCUACGGCCUUCUCUAGCACCUGCCCCAGGAUGAUCUCGUGUCCUCCGGCCUGUGAUGUAAGCAUCUGGGAGUCCCCCAUGGACAAACAGAGGUGGGCAUAGCUCUCCUUUCUGGUCCUCACGUGGUACCACGUGGGCGCAGGAGCGAAAUGGCCUCAAUGGCAGCACAGCUGGCAGCCUGAUGGUUCCUUUUGGUCCCAUUCUUCUGAGGGAGGCCCUGCUUCCCUCAAGCCCAGUACCUCACACAUGUUCUCCUAACCCUGAGUCAGGCACAGGGCCUUCUCUACGCUUUCCUCAAGGCCAAGUUUCCAUAGGCCUAGAAGCUGUUGUCACAGCCUCAGCACGUGUUCCUUUUGGGCUGGGUCCUUGGGAGGUGACGCUUGAACCAACUGCCCCUCCCUUGAGAAUUUUAGAAACGGUGCCAUUGGAGACCAGCUGCAUCCUCAGAACCUGUACUUGAGAUAGGCAUGAUGACACGCACCUGUUUUCUCAGCACUUAGGUUGGCACAGGAGUGUUGCUGUGGGUUCAAGACCAGUUAGGGUUGCAUAGCAAAGCCCUGUGUAAAAACAUUAAAAACCAGGACCCCAGUUUGUUUCCUGGCCUUCAUACUACGCCUUCAGCACCUGUGGCAGGUGAUCUUCUGACUGCCUAGGAACCGGGCUAGGUAGACAAAAAAAUGUGGGUGAGAACCCUGCUCUCAGAGCUGGCCAGGAAUUCCAUUUCCCGUUUUUUGUCUUAAGAGCUAAGCUCUGUCACCCAGGCUAGGUAGGGAGGUCCAGGACAUCCACCACCCAGUCUGGAGAAGGUUGCCCCAGGAAUCCCCUGCUUGAGCCCCUCUUGACUUGGCCUUAUGUGGCUUUCCAUAGUACCACCCCACUGUUAUCCCUUGUGCUGGUUGGGGGCCCUGCCAGUGCCGUGCCGGAAACGUGGCAGUUGUGUCUCUUGAUCCUGGAACUCUGGUUCAAGCAGGGCAGCAUCUGGUGAUGCCUUGACCUGGGGGCCUGGAAGAAAGCCAGUCCCUGGAGUGUGGGCUCUGUGCCUGCUCCAGAGACCCUGUGUUAUCUGAGGUAAGAUCUCACUCCCACGCGCCAUCUAUGCAGGACCAGGAAACAGUGUGAUAAAUGAGGUGGAUGAACUCAUUCCUGUGACUCUUGCUGGCUUGGGCCUGGCUCUCUCUUUCCUGUCAGCCAUACGGCCUGUUUUCCCGUGAUCCUUAUGCUGCCAAAUGCCAAGUCUCCCCUUAGAGUGACCUGGGCGGUCUGGAGCCUUACAGCCCCCAGCUGUCGCAGUGAGGGAAUUCUCUUUGCCUGUGACCUUCAGUGACAGGUUGGGGAUGGUCUGUCAUGUACCUCCUAAAUACCUGAGCUUUUUCCAAGUCAGAGAUCACAGCAACAAAUAAGGGUCACUCAGCCCUGCCUUGAAAAUACUGUGAUUCUAGUUCAGGGAACAGAAACCAGGGCCGCUCGUUGCUAUCCAGAAUCUGCCCCACCAAUGACAGACAACCCUGCUGUCUUAGUUAAGGGUACUCGUGCUAUGAUGAAACACCAUGACCAGAAAGAAAGUUGGAAAGGAAAGUAUUUAUUUGACUUAUUCUUCCAGUUGUGGUCAGUCCAUCACUGAGGGAAAUCAGGACAGGAACUCUAACAGGGAAGGAACCUGGAGGUAGGAGCUGAUGCAGAGGCCAUGGAGGGGUGCUGUUUACUGUCUUGCUCAGCCUGCUUCCUCAUAGAACCCAGGACCAUCUACCCUGGGACAGCACCAACCACAAUGGGCCAGGCCCUCCCCCAUCAAUUACUAAGAAAAUGCCCUACAGCCAGAUCUUAUGGAGGCUUUUUCCUCAUUUGAGCUUCCCUCCUUUCAUAUAGCUCUAUCUUGUGUCAGGUUGACAUAAAACUAGCUACCACAACUGACACCUUGUCAACUUGACACACAAAUCACAAAGCCACACCUUUCCUUCCUUCUUCAUCCCCAAGAUCACACAUUAAUAUGGACCUCACAAUAUAAAAUAUUUCAAACUUAAAAGCCCCACUACCUCACAGUUUUGAAUAUUUACAAUAUUCAAAGUCUCAACCGUGAACUCCUAUAAAAUAAAAAAUAAGUUAUUUUUUUUUACAUCAAGACGUAAGAGCCAGGGCAUAGUCAUAAUCUAAACAAAGCAAAACAAACCUCCAGCUUUAAAAACCUGGUAUCUAAUGUCUGGGAUCCACUCAGGAUCUUCUGGGAUCCUCUAAAGCUUGGGUCACUUCUCCAGCUCUGCCC